GGCGCCACCAAAUACACACGAGUCUAGCUUUCUCACUAUCUCUAUCUGCGAUAUUUCACGGUUUUGGAAAUGGCGACAGUUCCAGGGCAAUUGAUAUGGGAGAUUGUUAAGACCAACAACUGUUUCUUGGUCAAACAGUUCGGAAGAGGCAACGCUAAGGUUCAGUUCAGCAAAGAGACGAAUAAUCUCUGCAACCUUAACUCCUACAAGCACUCUGGUCUUGCGAACAAGAAGACUGUGACCAUCCAGCCAGCUGACAAGGAACAAGGUGUUGUCCUCGCCACCACCAAGACCAAGAAGCAGAACAAGCCUAAGGUCUCUGUCAACAAGUCUAUCUUGAAGAAGGAAUUCCCCAGGAUGUCCAAGGCUGUUGCUAACCAGGUGGUUGACAACUACUACAGGCCAGACUUGAAGAAGUUCGCUCUUGCUAGACUCAGUGUCAUCAGCAAAAGCAUUAGGGUUGCCAAGUCUGGUGCCAAGCAAAGAAACCGUCAAGCUUAA